AUGUUGACGAUUAAGCAUUUCUGUCCAUCGACUUCGACUAUUUUUUUAUGUCGAUCUGUAAAAUUAUUGCCAAAGUCAAUUUAUUAUCUAUCGACUAAUGUUAAUUCAACAACGAAUAAAAAUAAAGAGCAAGAAAUUCAUUCACAAUAUCCAUUACUUGAUACAAAAUUCAAUCAAUAUCGAAUAGCUUAUCAUUAUCGACAUAGUAUUGAACUUUUACGUGGUUAUCUUGUCUUUCGAAUAUUUUCAAUAAAUUUUUUUGUCAGUCACCAAGAUAAAAUUGCUCAUUGGGGUCGUCGAAUUCUUGGUGAUCGAUUAUUUAAAAAUAUACUAAAAAUAACUGCAUUUGGUCAUUUUGUUGGUGGAGAAACUCCUCAAGAAAUAACACCUGUUAUUAAAAGAUUACAAAAUUAUAAUGUCAAACCUAUAUUAGAUUACAGUGUAGAAAGUGAUGAUAACAGUUCAUUAUCUUCGUAA